AUGCGACAACCAGCAAUGCCCAUACGCUCACCCUUCGAGUCUUCCAUAGCGAAACCGGGGCAGGGCACCGUCGUCCUCUCUCUUCUUCCGCCAAACAACCCCACCCUUACCACUCUCACCUACAAAUACCCAUUGAAGCUGGUCCCAAGGUCCGGUGGCUUCACUCCGUCUCCCGAGUCCUCGUCAUUAUCGGAGUCAUGUCCCUCACGACCAGUCCACCUCUACCUGCUCACCUAUGGCGGCGGUCUGCUCCCGGGUGAUCACAUCGAGGUGUCGAUCAAGCUAGAUCCCAGGACAAGAAUGGUGGUGACCACACCGCAAGGAAGCACGAAGAUCUUCAAAACAGAACCGGGCAAUAGCGACUGCCCCAAUGUGAUCAAGGGCCACCGCAAACAAAUGCCCGCCAACCCACACCUCUCAGAUAUGAGCCAACAAUCAUUAGACGUGAAGAUCGGACGCCAGGCAGCGCUCUGUUACUUGCCCGACCCAUCUGUGCCCUUCCAGAACAGCCGCUACGCUCAGGUACAAACAUUUACAGUUGACGCAGCGGCCAAGGGAGACCAGCGCAGCAGCCUGUGCGUCUUGGACUGGGUCACGCAAGGUCGAACCUCACGGGGCGAGAACUGGAAUUUCCGCUUCUGGCGAGGCCGUAACGAAAUCUGGGCAACCAACGAGAUAACGGGCAAGAGCCGGCUUUUGCUGCGUGAUUCCGUCAUUCUAGACGACGAGACCGAUGACCUGAACGAUUCUGAUGAGUCCAAUGAGGACAUGCCGUCGCAGGCCGGCCUGCUUCCCUUGAACAUUAUCCAAGAGCGAACACGCCCACACGGGGUAGUGGGCACGCUGAUUCUCUCUGGGCCUGUAUUUGAGAGCCUCGGCUCAUAUCUGCUCGACCAAUUCACAUCGCAGCCGCGUAUCGGCAGCCGGAAUUGGUCGUCUGAAUCUUCUUCUGCACCUGAGUCGUCGCCCGGCAUGAAGGGCGAUGUCACCUGGACAGCAGCGCGCGUCCGAGCUGGCUUUGUCCUCGUCAAGUUUGGCGCCAAGGAUUUUGAAACUGCCAAGCUCUGGCUUGGCGGGCUUCUCCGCGAAGAGGGAACCAUCGUGCGAGAGUUCGGCGAGGAAGCUCUCUUCUGCUUGUGA